AUGUCGGCGUCGACAUCCAAGACGAACUCCAGAGCUGGCUCUAGCGAUACGCUCAAGUUGGCCAAAGCUGCGGAUGCAGCUGGAGAUGAUGGCCUGAACACACCUCCACCCCGCACAUCUUCACCUGCCGCUGCUGCUAAUGGAGGCAGGUCGUUCGCGGAACAGAGUGCUGGCAGGGGUCGACCUAGAGCUUCGAAAGAGCAGACUGUCGACCCAAAGGUGAGCGCGGCUGGGAAAGCGUUGAAAAGGCUCGGCUUCGCGUCAGAAACCUCACCGCCUGACUUUUUGCUCAUCCUACUACACAGGAGGAGGAAGCUCGACGCAAAAAGCUCAACUUUUUGCUUCAAAAGAGCGGUGUAUACUCCAAGAUUAUGCAGCAAAAGAUGGACAAGGAGAGGGAAAAGCGUUUGGCAGCUGAAAAGAAAAAGAGGAGCGAAGCUUCUUCGAGCAAGGAUGUGGGCAAGUCCCACGCUGACUCUAGCGAGAAUGUGAAACGCGGGGAAGGUGGACUCAAUGGAGCAAGCGAUGCGCGCAGAACCACCCGAGGCGGCGAUCAACACAAAGCUGCGCCUCUGCCAAAGAGGAACCGGAACGAUGCUCCACGUAAGAAAGAAGGCUAUGAGCUGUCCAACUACAUUGAUGAGGAUGUGGUGAAGGCGGCAGCAGCUGCCAAGACGGACUCGGACGACGCGAAAGCGUCAAAGAAGCGCAAGACGGAAAACGGUAAUGGUGUGGUUGUCAAGUCUGAAGGAGAGGCGCAAACAGAAUCUGCUCAGCAGGAAGACGAGGAUGAAGAGGAUGUCAAGGGCAGACAACCUGCUCUGAUCACUGGUGCUACGAUGAGAAAGUAUCAGCUUGCAGGUUUAGAGUGGAUGGUCAGCCUGUACGAAAACGGCCUGAAUGGCAUCUUGGCCGACGAAAUGGGUCUGGGAAAGACAUUGCAAACCAUCUCAUUCUUUGCCUACCUCAAAUCCAAAAAUGUUUGGGGACCUUUUCUCGUCGUGGCUCCCAAGUCCACCACGCUAAAUUGGCUCAGGGAGAUCCAAAAGUUCUCGCCGAGCAUUCCGGGCUUGUGCUACAUGGGGAGCAAGGAGGAGAGACGGGUGCUUCGAUCUCAACAUCUCAGAAAGCCAGGCACGGUCCAGGAAAAGAGCAGAUUUCCAGUCGUCAUUACGAGCUACGAAGCCGCUAUCGCUGAUCGAGUCGCAUUGGCACAACAUGAUUGGAAGUUCCUCGUUGUGGAUGAGGGUCACCGCAUAAAGAAUAUGGAGUCAAAGUGAGUUGGCCGCUUUUGACCCCAUCGCGAAGUCGUCUGGCUUGCGCUUGCUCAUCACUUGUGCCAAUUUGCUGCGACAGACUCAUCACCGAGCUCAAAAAGUACAGGACUGCCAACAGACUGCUGCUGACAGGCACUCCUCUUCAUGUAAGUCGAGCUCCUGUAUGUGAACUGGAUUGCCAAGCUGAAAGUCGCGCUGCCACGCGCACAGAACAACCUCCGAGAGCUAUGGUCGUUGCUCAACUUUAUCCUUCCAGACAUAUUUGAUGAUCUGGCGACAUUCGAGUCUUGGUUUGACUUUGACGGAUUGCACGACGGAGAGUCGUCCGCCUUUCUCACGCAAGAUUACCGCAAGAAUGUGGUGGAACAGCUGCACGCCAUCUUGAAGCCCUUCUUGCUCAGACGCACAAAGGAUGACGUGGAGAAUUUGCCGCCAAAGAAGGAGUACCUGUUGUAUGCGCCACUCACCGCUGAGCAGAAACAGCUGUACGAUGCCGUUACUGACAGGACCAUAAGAAGGGUACUUUUGGAAAGGAAGACGGGAAUGUCGUGGGACGAAAUCGUCAAGGUCAGACCUGAUUGUAGAAAAUGGGCCAGCUUGGACAAGGAUGGCAAGAGCAUUCAAGGGCCCCUGUACGGCAAUCCCGAGGAUGGAUAUGCUGUUCGCUCCGAGUCCUUAUCCGAAGAUGAAGUGGAGGAGAGCACAUCUGUGGGCAAACGACGAGCGCAGAAAGAGCAAGGCUCGGGAGAUAGAAAGGGAAGAGCUAGACGAGCGAAAAAGAACAUUACGUAUGAUGAGCAUCGGUUGUCGGAUGAUGCUUGGGCCGAGAAAAUCGAGGCGGAGUCGAGCGACGAGGAGCAGGUCGACCCUAUCGUCGACCCGGCCGAUGUUGCGCACCAAGGCAAGCUGCACGCGAUCCAAGAAGCUCGUGAGUGCAUGCUGGUCUCAUCCAGCUAUGCAAAGUUGCCAAUGUGGAUCUUCCUGACGCGUUGCGCCCUCUACUUUCAGGUCGCGUCAUCAACGAUAUGAAAAUGUCCAAUACUGCCAUGCUUCUCCGACAAAUUUGCUGUCAUCCGUACGAAGUUGAUUGGCCAAAGGACGAGAAUGGACACGAAAUCAUCAGCGAUGGUCUGAUCAAUGCGUCUGGGAAGAUGCUCAUGCUCAACCGUCUCCUCGAAAGGCUGUUCAAGGGAGGACACAAGGUGUUGAUUUUCAGCCAGGUUAGCGAUGACUCGCGUCUCGAGUGACAUGCGCUUCGAAAGCUUACUCUGAAAUCUCGUGGCCGCUUUCACAGUUCACCAAGAUCCUUGAUAUCAUCGAAGACUGGGCUCAGGGUGCGUUUCUCGGAGAUGUGAGGAAAUCGCUUUCAAGAGCUCAUCGCGCUUCUCGUCUCGUUGCUGCAGAGGAUAAAAGCUGGAAUACUUUCCGCAUUGACGGGAAUACUUCCUUGCAAGAUCGCGAGGAUCAGAUGAACGCCUUUAACAAUGAAAAAGGACCCGACGCUGUCAAUCUGUUCCUUCUUAGCACGCGCGCCGGUGGACUUGGCAUCAAUCUCAUUGCCGCUGAUACGGUCAUCUUCUACGACAGCGAUUGGGUGAGUGUGUAAGAUCGAUCGAGGCUUUGAUGCGACAUGUUGUACUAACGCUUGCACCUCAUACACCUCUACAGAACCCGCAAGCGGACUUGCAGGCGCAGGAUAGAGCCCACCGUAUUGGUCAGACGAAGCCCGUGCUGGUUCUCCGACUUGUCGCCGCCAACACGUUCGAGCAGCGCAUUCUGCGUCGAGCCACUGCCAAGCGUCAAUUGGAAAAGAUGGUGAUGGCAGAGGAUCAAUUCCGGGGCAUUUCGCUAGACGCAAUGAAGUCGAUCCGAUCGGGUCGACAGAAUCAAAAGUACACCAUCUCGGACGUGUUUAUGAGGUUGGAGCCGGAAAAGGUUCAGCUGGCUGGGAAGGGCGAUCAGAUCAUCAGCGAUGCGAAUCUGGAAAUGUUGCUGGAUAGGAGUCCGGAAGCUUUCAAGAGAAAGAGCGGAUGGGUCACCAGUAGGCAGGGCAAGACGCUUGCGGGCGGAGCUCAGAAUGAGGACGAUGAGGCGCAGAUGGCGUUUGAGGUGACCGAGACGGACGCAAAGCAGGAUGAAAGUGAAGGUGAGCUGGCACUUUGCGGAGCAUAAUGCCUUGCCCUUUUCGUCCAUGUUGACCGCGUAAGGAACGCUUGAUCCUUUAGAUCGCGAGCUCAAGCAGCUGUACGGAGACACUUCGAAGGGCGGAUACGAUUAA